AUGUCUGAUACUUUGCUCGAAAUCUUCAAAAGCAGAAAGGAUGCUAUGCAUCCCGCCAUCAUCAUCCCACAAUCUGCAGAUGUGCCAUCAAAGGUCACAUACAACCAAAUGUUGGACAUCAUUUACGACUUUUCUCGAAAGCUAGCUGCUCAAGUGCCUGCUAAGGCAUUAGCUCCCGGUAGAUCUAUCUCCAUCAGCUACCCCAACUCGUUCGAAUUCAGUGUUGCCUUCUUGGGCGCUACAUUCAUGAACCUUGUUGCAUCUCCCUUGAAUCCUGCUUAUACUGAGGACGAAUUUAAUUUCUAUCUGGAGGACGCUCAGAGUUCCAUCAUGAUCCUGCCUAAAGGUGCUUUGAAUGAAAAGAAUAAUGCCGCUGUCAAGGCUGCUCACAAGCAAGGCGCUAUUGUUGUGGAAAUCCACUGGAACGGUACUUCUUUGGAAAUCAAUGCUCGUGUCCCCAUCGAAUUGUCUGGUGAACCUCAUCGCACAAUUGAUAAAUUUACACCUAAACCAGAUGAGCCCGCCUUACUAUUACACACAAGUGGUACAACUGGUAGACCCAAGGGCGUUCCUCUGAGUCAUCUCAAUUUGUUGACUAGUAUGAGAAACAUUGUACACACAUACGAGUUAAAUCCCGAGGAUCGCACUUACCUGGUAAUGCCUCUUUUCCAUGUGCAUGGUUUGGUCUGUGGUUUGCUGUCUACUUUGCUCUCGGGUGGUGUUGCUGUCAUCCCUCGUAAAUUUAGCGCUUCCCAUUUCUGGAAAGAUUUCAAAGAUAACAAGUGCAAUUGGUAUACUGCUGUACCCACUAUUCACCAAAUCUUGCUUCGCAACCCUCCUUCUCAAGUACCUGCUAUCCGUUUCAUUCGCUCUUGCUCAUCCAGCUUAGCUCCUGCUACUUUGGAGGCUGUUGAGAAGCAUUUCAAGGCCCCUGUGUUGGAAGCGUAUGCUAUGACAGAAGCAUCCCAUCAAAUGACCUCCAACCCUCUCCCUCAUCGUGGUCCUCAUAAAGCUGGCUCCGUGGGUCUCGGUCAGGGCGUUGAGGUUGUCAUUUUGGAUGAUGCCGGCAAUCCUGCAGAGUUGGGUGAAGUCUGUAUCCGUGGUAAGAAUGUCACCAAGGGCUAUUUGAACAACCCCAAGGCCACCGCUGAAUCUUUUACCAAGGAUGGUUACUUCCGUACUGGAGAUCAAGGUAAAAAGGACAAGGAUGGCUAUUUGAUCUUGACUGGUCGUAUCAAGGAGUUGAUUAACCGUGGUGGUGAAAAGAUUUCCCCCAUUGAAUUGGACUCUGUCAUGUUGAGUCAUCCAAAGAUUGGUGAGGCCGUCAGCUUUGCCGUACCCGAUGAAAUGUAUGGCCAAGAGGUCCAUGCCGCUGUUGUAUUGAAGGAUGGUGUCAAGGAUGAUGCCAAGGCCAUUGAAAAGGAAUUGCAAGCUUAUUGCGCCAGCAAAUUAGCUAAAUUCAAGGUGCCAAAGCGUAUCUAUGUCACUGAUAUAAUGCCAAAGACUGCUACUGGCAAGAUCCAACGUCGUAAGGUAUCUGAAGUCUUCUUCAAGGGCCCUGCUCCUGCUCAAGCCAAGUUGUAA